CUGACAGCCGUAAAGAUUUAAGAAAACUGCUGGGCAUGGUGGUGCUCGAUUUGUAGGCUCAGCACCCUGGAGGCUGAGACAGGAGGAGCCCUGAAGAAGAGUUCAAGGCCAGCCUGGGCUACACAGGGAAACCCUGGGUCACAAACCAAAACAGGAACAGUAGAAACAGACUUAGGCAGACUGGUUUUAAAAAUAGAAGGAUUCUGCCCUGGACUUGUUUUCAAAGUGGCUUUGAGAUUUCCUUCCACUUCAGAGAAAGCAAAACUGAAAGGGACAGUCUUCCGGGCAGUGGGCCUGGGCCUGGACGCCGCCUUUGUGACUGUGAGGACGGAGGCCCCGGUUUCGGGGAGGGAGGUGCCUCAGGCACCAGGGAGUCAGGACUGCUGGGACGCCAGUGAUACAGGAACGACCCCUCCAGAAAGCGGUAUUUUUGGUCUCAUGAUAAACUUCUCUGCGUUUCUCGGCGCUGCCACGAUGUACACGCGCUACAAGAUCGUGCAGAAGCAGAGCCAGCUCGGCCCGCGCGGGACGCAGCUGCUCAACGCCGUGUCUCUGGGCCUCGGCCUGGCGGGCUGCGUCGGGAUGGGCAUCGUGGCCAACUUCCAGGAGCUGGCCGUGCCGGUGGUCCAUGACGGGGGCGCACUGCUGGCCUUCGUGUGCGGCGUGGUCUACACGCUCCUGCAGUCGGUCAUCUCCUACAAGUCCCAUCCCCGCUGGAACAGCCUGUCCACCUGCCACACGCGCAUGGCCAUCUCUGCCGUGUCCUGCGCAGCCGUCGUGCCCAUGAUCGCCUGUGCUUCCCUGAUCUCUAUAACCAAGCUGGAAUGGAACCCCAAAGAGAAGGACUACGUGUACCACGUGGUGAGCGCCGUGUGUGAGUGGACCGUGGCCUUCGGCUUCAUCUUCUACUUCCUGACCUUCAUCCAGGAUUUCCAGAACGUGACGCUGAGGAUAUCCACAGAGAUCAACGGCGACCUCUGAGGGAGGCUCCACGCAGCCUGGAGAGACGGCGUCCCGGUGUCUGUCGCCCAGAGUGGCUUCUGUGUCACGGCUCUGACUGAGUCUCAUUAAGAAUUUUUCAUAGUUUUUACACGGGUUCAGUUUCCCAGAGAACGUAGACUGUUCUUGGCAACAUGGUUAUAUUUCACACUUCCCUAAGCAGACCCUUCGUGCUAACGUUCCCGGGCAGAGACGGGUGUCACAGAGACGGGCAGGUUCUAGUUUUGUUUUUUUGUACCGGGGAUCGAACUCAGGACUUCGCGCUCGCAAGGCAGGCGCUUAUGCUGCUGAGCUAAAUCCGGCCCCAGGUUCUAUUUUUGUGCGGAGCCUGAAUUGCUGUUUUCUGUCUGUGAAUGAUCCAAGGAAGGGCUCUGAAUGAGUGCUGUCAUUCAGCACACUUUUUACAAAGUAAAAUCAGGGAGAGACGUUGUGUAAUUUCAUUUCCAGAGGAGGAACUGUGUAAUCUUGUUUUUUAAGGUAGGCUGUCUUCAAGGCUGGCCUUGAACUCACUGUGUGGCCCAGGCUGGCCUCUAACCCACGGUGAUCCUCCUGCCUCAGCCUCCUGAGUGCGGUGUAACAGGGUGCACUCCACACCCAGCUGUGUAAUUUUUUAAAAAUCACAUGAGCAUUUAUAAAAUUUAGUUUAUGAUGAUCAUAGACCCAAAUCCUAAUGAUUUAUUAAUUAAUAAAUGAACACUAAGACACUGA